AUGCCCCGCUAUAAGCUAGUUUGGGGUUCUGGAAACGACUCGGUUGAGAGGAGCGGUAAUAUCCGUCCAUCUUUCGGAGCAAAUGGAGCUGCCGACAAUGCUCUGUUAGCACCCCAUUAUAGCCUGUUUCCUUCGGUGGCGUUACCUUCCGACGAAACGAAUGUCCUAGCCCCGGACAAGCGGAUCAUGGCAGACAUUUUUGCUAAGGUUCGUGGUAUUGCAUUCCGCAAUGUUUCUCUCUUCUCUUUUUGCCUAACCCUAUUAUCUACAUCAUGCACUCAUCACAUUGCUAUUUGGUAUCUCUAG